AUGUCAAACAAACCAAUAAAAGCAUUUACAGACAACGAUAAUGCUAGCCUAACUGAAGAUAAAAAAGAGCAAAAAUUUGUUCAUGAUGUUUAUCAAGCGAUAGCACCACAUUUUAGUCAAACUAGAUAUAAGCCAUGGCCUGUAGUUGAAGAAUUUCUUAAAAAUUUGGAUGUAGGUAGCAUAGGUGCAGAUAUAGGAUGUGGGAAUGGGAAAUAUUUGGGAAUUAAUAAAGAUGUAUAUAUGAUUGGAUUGGAUCGAAGUUCUAAUUUAAUUGAAAUAAGUGUUUCUAAAAAGCACGAAGGUAUAGUUUGCGAUGCGUUAAGUUUACCAUAUCGAAAUGAAUGUUUUGAUUUUGCGAUAUCAAUCGCUGUGAUUCACCAUUUUACAACAUUUGAAAGAAGGCUUGCAGCAAUUAAGGAACUUUUCCGAAUCGUAAGACAAGGAUCAUAUGUUCUUGUAUAUGUUUGGGCUUUAGAACAAGGCAACGAGGCACGUCGUAAAUUUGAUAAAGAAAUACAGGACGUAUUCGUUCCUUGGGUUAUCCCAACAGAUAAGAAUGAUCAAGACAAAAAGAAAGUAACUUAUAAUCGAUAUUAUCACUUAUUUAAAAAAGGAGAGCUAGAUGAACUUAUUGAAAGUACCGGAAUUGCCCAAAUAGUUAAGACGGAUUACGAUAAAGAUAAUUGGUAUGUUAUUGCGAGGAAGGAAGGAUGUGAAAAUGAAAUCGAUAAAAUAUGA